UUCGGUAAAAUGUCCAUAUUAUUAAAAAAAACAUGUCAGAAAUUGUCCGGGGUAGUGUUGCACUAGCGACUUUUCGGAACAGUGAACUCUCUGCUUUAGUUUGCAAAAAUAGGAGGCGUUUCGUGGCCGGAAGUAUUGCCUGAAACACCAAACGCAGGGUAAAACUCUCCCAGACGCUUGGAAGGCCAACCACUUCCGGUGAAAGAAUAAACAGCCUGCUGCUCACACGGACCCGUCGAGCCGGUAGGAUCCAUUGUUAGCCGGAGGAAGAGUCACUGGGUCUCACCUGAACUACAGACCGUCUGAGCAAAACACCACCUCCACCUCCACCAUGACUGCUGCUGUGAGAGUCUCUGCCAGGGUGCCGGUCCGAGGAGCCGGCGAUGGCAUGGAAACUGAAAAACCGCCCACCGCCAUCCUGGAGGUAAAUACAGAUACACUGCCACCAGGUCCGUCUGCGGUUCCCCUCCUGAAGGUGGCAAGCCCCAAACGUUGCCCCAAAUCCACUCAGCCUGCCCCCCCUGCGGCUCACCAGCCUCUCGGGGUGCUCCACCUGGGCAAGGUGAGUCGAGAGGCGUGCACAGAGGUGGAGGCUGUGAGGAUCAUCAUCCCCCGUUCUGCCAUUAGCCGGCGCACCCGUACAGGACCUGCUGAGGGCAAAGGGGAGGUUGGUCAGCAGGCUGAGGAGCAGGGCUCACCCCCGCUGCCUCUGGUGGAGGACUGGAGAGGACAGCUGGUGAAGCUGCAGAACUCUGAACGCAGGCUGCUGCAGGACAAGGAAGGCCUCUCCAAUCAGCUCCGUGUGCAGACAGAGGUGAACCGUGAGCUAAAGAAACUGCUGGUUGCGUCGGUGGGUGAUGAUCUUCAGUACCACUUUGAGCGUAUGUCACGGGAGAAGAACCAGCUGAUUCUGGAGAAUGAGGCUCUAGGCCGGAGUCUGGCACACACCGCAGAGCAGCUGGAGCGAAUGAGUAUCCAGUGUGACGUUUGGAGGAGCAAGUUUCUGGCCAGCAGAGUCAUGGCAGAGGAGUUGACGAAUGCCAGAGCUGCUCUCCAGAGACAGACCAGAGAGGCACAAGGAGCAAUUCAGGACCUUCUGUUGGAGAGAGAAGAGUUCUCCAGCAACAUGGUGCUCACUCACAGAUCUCUGGAGCAGCUCCUGGUUUCUCUGCAGUGGGGCAGACAGCAGACGUACUACCCCAGUGCACAGCCCCUUAGCACGGGAGAGCUGGCAGCAGCCAAUCACAAGCUAGCAGACGCCAUCAACUCCCACCUGCUGGGAAACACCACCAGCAGCAGCAGCAGCAGCAGUGCGCUGAAGAGCAGCAGUGCAACGGCUGAGCAGCUCUGCAGCACUCCGGCUGAGAAAAUGGCCGAGAAGGUGCUGAAGAUUUUAGAUCCAAUUUCCUGUUCGGAAAACAACACAGACCCUCCGCUCAGUGACUCCACCCCCUCAAGCUUUCUUGGCAAUAAGAAGAGCAUCGGCAGAUUUCACCCAUAUACCCGCUAUGAAAACAUUACUUUCAACUGCUGCGAGCGCUGCACUGGAGACAUCCUGGUUCUGUAGGGGUCAAAGGGCGGCCAAACGCACCAAUCGCACACUAAUGCAGCAUCAGAGGUCAUUUCAAAUGACUGAGAUCUGAACAGGAGUGUACUCUGGAGAUUAUUGCUACUGUGUGUUGAGUGAAUUCUUGGGUAAAAAGUUAGCUGCUCCAGCAGACUUCUUUGGUACCAGUAUGAGGCUGGCGUUUGCUACCGAUUGAUUGUUGAAAAUCCGCAAUUUCAGAUAAUGUUUUAAAAUGUUACGAACCUGCUUUUUAACUUGAAAAGAGGUUAUAAGAAAAUGGAGUUGUUUGAUCAGGGAGUGUGAUGUGAUAGUGAUGAAUGCAUUUCAGAGCCAUGGCAGCCUGGUUUAAACUAUGUAAAGUGCUAUUUAUUGAUGAGAUGUGAGGUCAAACUAAUAAUCAGUAUUACAUGGUGGACAGACAGUUAGGGUGUCUGAUUAUUCAUACUUGAACAUUAGACUAGUGUGUUUUAAGUUUUAUAUACAUAAUACUAUAAUAACUCAAUGUGCAAACCACAUAGCAGUCAGGCUGUAAUUCAUACCGGUGAGCCUGACGCUUGAUGGGGCAGCCUGUCCCUCCAGGAAGUUAAACUGUUAAUGAGCUAAUUGAACAGUCACGAUGCCUCUCAUACUGCAGGGGUCGCCCAGAUUUCUCAGUGCGAUGGUGUUAUCAUAUUUGAAAAACAUUGUAUUUAUAUUUUGUAAAACGCAUGCUGGAAAGGCAUAAGAGGUUUAACGGUAAUACAAUAGAACUAUUGUACACAAACGCAUCCAGUUAUUUGCAAAGAGUUUAACUUUUGUGGCGUUUCAAAGAAAGAUUUAUGAAUCUUUCUAAAAAAAACAUUUGAAAUUAAAUUUGAUUUGUUUUCAUUGAAUCAUGUCGUAUACAUUUUUAGUUUUUUUUAAUUCAUUAUUUAAAAAAAAAAAAUGUUAGUACUUUUUUGUUUGUGUCUCAGAAUACACUCCUACGAAAUGAUGAUGAAUAUAUUGCACAUGCCUUUUUGCAUUUUUCUUAAACCAAGCUGUAUAUUAUUUUGGCUUAUUUUAUCUGGAUGGAAAAAAUGGUGUUGAUUAUGUAAUAUACAGUGAAAGCACACCAUAAAAAUAUUUCAUACAUCUUCUAUUUUCCAUGUCAGACCAAAAUAAAGACCAAAGUAGUUUCUACUUUUUUUUU